CAAUUAUGAAAUUUGUUUCAAGUUUGGUUUAAAGUAUUUUGAAGACAGAGGAUUGCAUGCUGCAGAGACUUCUGUAUAUAGCAUUUAAGAAGGAUAUUUCAAGUCACAUUCAAUCGAUAGGAUGAAAAAAUUUAAGAGAAGGCUAUCCCUCACACUUCGAGGAAGCCAGACUAUUGACGAAUCAUUGUCUGAAUUGGCUGAACAAAUGACUAUUGAAGAAAAUAGCAGCAAGGAUAAUGAGCCUAUUGUGAAGAAUGGCAGGCCUCCAACCUCUCACAGCAUGCAUUCCUUCCUACACCAGUACACAGGGUCCUUCAAGAAGCCCCCAUUGCGGAGACCACAUAGUGUUAUUGGAGGAAGCCUUGGCUCCUUCAUGGCAAUGCCCAGAAAUGGAAGCAGAUUAGAUAUUGUUCAUGAAAAUCUAAAAAUGGGAUCAGAUGGUGAGAGUGACCAAGCUUCUGGGACAUCAUCUGAUGAAGUCCAAUCACCUACAGGUGUUUGUCUUAGAAAUCGUAUACAUAGACGGAUCUCAAUGGAGGAUUUAAAUAAACGGUUAUCACUGCCUGCAGAUAUCAGAAUACCUGAUGGAUAUCUUGAAAAGUUUCAGAUAAACAGUCCACCGUUUGAUCAACCAAUGAGCCGAAGAUCUCGUAGAGCUUCCUUAUCAGAAAUUGGGUUUGGGAAAAUGGAAACCUACAUCAAAUUGGAGAAGCUUGGAGAGGGUACAUAUGCUACAGUAUAUAAAGGGAGAAGUAAAUUGACAGAGAAUUUGGUGGCAUUAAAAGAGAUCCGAUUGGAACACGAAGAAGGUGCACCCUGCACAGCGAUAAGAGAAGUUUCACUGUUAAAGGAUCUAAAACAUGCAAAUAUAGUUACCUUACAUGACAUUGUUCACACAGAUAAAUCUUUGACUCUGGUGUUUGAGUAUCUGGAUAAAGACUUAAAACAGUACAUGGAUGAUUGUGGAAACAUCAUGAGUAUGCACAAUGUGAAGCUGUUUUUAUACCAAAUUCUACGUGGUUUGGCAUAUUGCCACAGAAGGAAAGUGUUGCACCGAGACUUGAAACCACAGAACCUCCUCAUUAAUGAAAAAGGAGAACUAAAGCUAGCCGAUUUUGGACUAGCCAGAGCCAAGUCAGUUCCCACAAAGACCUACUCAAAUGAAGUUGUCACACUAUGGUACCGGCCACCUGAUGUGCUUCUCGGUUCCUCAGAGUACUCAACACAGAUUGACAUGUGGGGUGUUGGUUGCAUUUUCUUUGAAAUGGCUUCUGGAAGACCUCUGUUUCCAGGAUCAACUGUGGAAGAUGAACUGCACUUAAUUUUCCGACUGCUAGGGACUCCAUCUCAGGAAACUUGGCCAGGUGUUUCUUCAAAUGAUGAGUUCAAGAACUACAACUUCCCAAAAUAUAAACCACAACCUCUAAUUAACCAUGCACCCAGGUUAGACUCUGAAGGAAUCGAAUUGAUAACAAAAUUUCUUCAGUAUGAAUCUAAGAAAAGAGUUCCAGCAGAAGAAGCCAUGAAACAUGUGUACUUUCGAAGUCUGGGACCAAGGAUACAUGCCUUACCUGAAAGUGUAUCAAUAUUCAGUUUGAAAGAGAUUCAGUUGCAAAAGGACCCAGGUUUUCGAAAUUCUUCUUAUCCAGAGACAGGACAUGGGAAGAACAGAAGACAGAGCAUGCUCUUUUAAGUCUGAUAACAUGGUUUCAAGCCCAGCCCCCAGCCUUUCUUAUCAAUCAAGGACUCAGAUCUGAAGGCAAUUAUUUCUUUUGGUGGACUUGGAAUCUCCGUUUGUCUACACUGUCCUCUUCACAGUGGAGUCUUUUUAUUUCAGACCUACAGAUUGUUUUUAUAUUUGUUGUCACAGUGUGACAAUUUUUUUGUACAGUUGGUUUUAAGGUCUUCUCUGCCAUUAGAGCCAGUAGGUUACAGCUAUUGAUGUAACUGUAGCUGCAAUUUUUGUGCAGGACUGAAACACAGUGCAUUAUUUAUUGCGGAAUCAUUGCUGCUAAAUAACUACUGUCUGUUUAUUUAACACAACAGUUGAAUGCCUGAAGAAGUUGCAGUGGCUUUAUUAUGUGAAUGCAUCUGUUUCUCCUCAUGAAUUGUUUUACUGCUGCAUUUUUGUUUGUUUUUAAAAUUAAACUGCGGUGUUUUCUGGAAUGUAAAUUCAGCUUUGCUUAACAGUAAAAUAAGUGAGCCAUCUUGAACACUCUAAGUUCAUGCUAUAUAAUCUAUAUAAUUUUUUUUAUUGAACAUUGGCAAAUAGAGUAGCUAAGAAAUUGAUAAGCACGUUAUGUUUAGGAAAACGCAAUGCAGAAGUUGAUUCAAGCAAGUGAACACCUGACAUUUUGGGGAUCUCACAUUAGAUACCAGAAAAUUAAAGCACCAAAAUUAUUUAUUUUUACCUUUCCUCAUUUUAGAAAUAUUUACUGCAUAUUAUUGGAUAUUUUUUACUAAUACACUUAUCUAUUUUACAUCGUGCUUUAAUUUAGUUCAGACGAAACCAUACAAGUCCAAACAUGAGAGGUCUUAUUUGUUUUAAAUAUAAUUCUUUUAUUAGAAAGGAUGAUAUAUCAUUGAGGAACAAUUUAUUUCGUUUGGGGUUGUCUGUAUGUGUGUAUUUUAAUAACAUUCAAUUGGAAUCAGCUGAAAGCUGUAAUAUGUCUUUGAAAUGAGCCAUGAUAAAUACAAAUGAGAGAAGAGAGAGCUUAGAGGAUUGUUUUAAAGCAUUUUAGAUAUUAUCUGUUUACCAGAUACAAAAUUACAAUUUUAAUUAUGCAUCUCUUUGAACAUCAUAAACACACCUUGGUGUUAGUAAUAAUGUUUUAAGCAUUUGUGUUAACUUUUAGGACUAUUUGUUUAGUGCAUCUUACAAACUACAAAUCUUAAUUGGUAUAUUUUGAGGUGGUCAUGUAAAUUUUUGGCUUAUAUAUCAUGAAAAUAGUCAUAACUUAAUUUUCUUCCUGACAUUCAUUCACUGUAAAACAUUCAGGGGUCCUACCAUUUCUGUUCAGGAAAUCUUGUAGUUUAUUGUUAUUUAACAGUAUUAAGUGAAUUUUUGUAUAUUUCAUUUUAACUUUAUUUGUGAAUAGUGAUUGUGGCAUGCUUAGGGUGUUAUUUUAAUAUUUCAUGAUAGUGAAAUUUUAAUUUUUUAAAAAAAAUUUCUGGAAGAAACAGAUUUAUGUGUAAUGGUGAAUAUUGGACCACUACUGCUUUUCACUUUUGUAAAUAAGUUUUAUGUUAAACCCUGUAGCCUAACAAACUGCUGUUAUUUCUAACUGACAGACAUGUAUUAGAAGGUUAUAAAUAUUAUGUGAAAUUCCUCCCUUUUGUUUUGAAAUUUAUAAUAACAAAAUAUUCAUGUUGUUAAGA